ACUAUAAAUAUGAUUACUGUGCAACCUGAAGAGUGAGCACUAAACACACUGAGCUCAAGCAACUGUUUCCCUUUCUUCGCUUCUGUUCGAUAAAUGCGCUCCAUUUGAAUCGGAUUCCAGUUGCAUCGUGGAAUUCGCAUAUCGCCUUUUUAUCUAGGUUUAAUCCGACGCUUUCUUCGAAUCCGAAUCGAUCGGCGAGCUGAAACGAUGGCGUUUUGGUGGCCGCUGGUGGUUAUCGCCUUUGCCUUCGCGAUCUGCAAGUUCCUGCUCAUGCUCAUUCCGCCAAAUGUGCCUUCGAUCGACGUCGACGCCUCCGAUGUGCUGGACGAUGGGAGUCAGACCAAGGAAAACAGCUUCAUCUAUAUUCCCUCAAGAAGACAGACAGAUAAAGUCCAAUGCUAUGAGCCUGCAACAAUGAAAUAUCUUGGCUAUUAUCCUGCAUUGAAGACUGAUGAGGUGAAGGAGCGUGUAGCACAAGCUAGGAAGGCUCAAAAGGCAUGGGCGAAAAGUAGCUUCAAGAAAAGGCGCCAGUUUCUGAGGAUACUUCUGAAGUAUAUUAUUGAUCACCAGGCACUUAUAUGCGAAGUUUCUUCACGCGAUACUGGAAAGACCAUGAUUGAUGCUUCUCUAGGAGAAAUUAUGACUACAUGUGAGAAAAUCACUUGGCUUCUAGCAGAGGGUGAAAAAUGGCUAAAACCUGAAUAUAGGUCAUGUGGAAGAUCAAUGCUUCACAAGACAGCCAAGGUGGAAUUUCAUCCCCUUGGUGUUAUCGGGGCCAUUGUUUCAUGGAACUAUCCAUUUCACAACAUAUUUAAUCCAAUGCUUGCAGCGGUAUUCUCAGGAAACAGCAUUGUGAUUAAGGUUUCAGAACAUGCAAGCUGGUCAGGAUGUUUUUAUUUGCGUAUAAUCCAAGCUGCCCUCGCUGCUGUUGGAGCUCCAGAAAAUUUGGUUGAAGUUAUUACAGGGUUUGCAGAGACAGGAGAAGCUUUAGUUUCUUCAGUUGACAAAAUGAUAUUUGUUGGAUCACCAGGUGUUGGUAAAAUGAUAAUGAGAAAUGCUGCAGACACACUGAUACCAGUUACCCUUGAGCUUGGCGGAAAAGAUGCAUUUAUUGUUUGCGAGGAUGUUGACGUGCCACAUGUUGUUCAAAUUGCCGUAAGGGGCGCUCUACAAUCAAGCGGCCAGAACUGUGCUGGGGCUGAGAGGUUUUAUGUUCACAAAGACAUUUAUGCAUCAUUUGUUGCUGAAGUUGUCAGAAUUGUAAAAUCUAUUACUGCUGGCCCUCCACUUGUUGGAAAAUAUGACAUGGGAGCCAUAUGCAUGCAAGAGCAUUCUGAAAAGCUUCAGAUUCUGGUGAACGAUGCCCUCGAGAAAGGAGCUGAGAUUGUUGGUCGAGGAUGUGUUGGGAAUAUCGGUGAAGGGGCUGUUGAUCAAUACUUCCCUCCUACUGUGAUUGUAAAUGUCAACCACACAAUGAAACUGAUGCAAGAAGAGGCUUUUGGACCUAUUAUGCCAAUCAUGAAAUUCAGCACUGAUGAAGAGGUAGUCAAACUUGCUAAUGACUCGAAGUAUGGACUUGGUUGUGCUGUAUUUUCGGGCAGCCAGCGGCGAGCAAAAGCAAUAGCUUCUCAAAUACACUGUGGAGUUGCAGCGAUUAAUGACUUUGCGUCAUCAUACAUGUGUCAGUCCCUUCCAUUUGGUGGUGUAAAAGACAGUGGGUUCGGAAGAUUCGCUGGUAUAGAAGGGCUGCGCGCUUGCUGUCUUGUUAAGUCCGUAGUGGAGGACAGGUGGUGGCCGCUUGUGAAAACCAAGAUACCAAAGCCUAUUCAGUACCCCAUCUCGGAGAAUGGGUUUGAGUUUCAAGAAUCGCUGGUGGAAGCACUGUAUGGUUUGAAUGUGUGGGAUCGUCUACGGGCAUUGGUGGAUGUGCUGAAAACCCUUUCUGAACCCAACGCUUCCAAGAGCAAUAAAAGAACGGACUGAACUCACUCCAGAGUUGACGAUUGCUAUGACGAACUUUUCCUGUUCGAGUGACGACGGAUACAUGAUUUGUUCCUCCUGUAUAAAUGAUUCGAUGGCGAAUCAUAAUCACAAAUGGAGAUAUAUUACUAUAAUUAAGAAUUUAGAUGGUAAAUUUACUCUCUAAAAGCUUCUGAUCCCAUAAAAUAACUUUCUCAGUCAAAUGUAUUAGACAUUUCAAGCGAAUAAAUGAAAGCGCAACAAAAAAUUCAGUGUCUA